AUGCAGAAAUCAACAAGAUACAAACAGAGAAGUCGGGUCAGAACUGAAAGAGACGAAAUUGAAGAUGAGCCCCGCAAUGGCAGGCCAUCAACAUCUGUUUGUGAGGAAGACAUUGAUAUUGAUUGUUUGCAGACACACUCAAUAUCUCUGUGGGUUCUGUACACACAAUUUUUUGUGGAGAAUUUAGGGCUAAGCAAGCUUUUCGCUCGAUGGGUUCCUAGGCUAUUGCGCCCAGACCACCAGCAAACAAGGAUAGAUCUUUCAAUGGAAAUUUUGAACAAGUGGGAUGAGGACUCUGUAGCUUUUCUGCAAAGAAUUGUGACAGGGGAUGAAACAUGA